AUAAUUAUACCAGUUAAACCACAAAUAUUGAAGGUAAGAAUUUUUAUAAAAUUUAAUGGUUUUAUUCAAAUUUUUUUAUAACUUUAAAUAAUAAAAAAGCAACUAUAUAUUUUAAACAAACUGAAUAUGUAUUUUUUCUGCUAUAUUACAAAAAUUAAAUUUGUCGAAUCGAAAUUGUUUUUUUUUAGAUGAAGCUGUUUGUCCUUUUGUCGGUGUUGUCGGUGGCGGCUCUAGUAGCGACGCAGCCCGCUGAAUUGGACGAGUCUUCUUAUGUAGAAGACCAAGACGUCUCACUCAUUCCCCUCAACCGAUCCAAUAGACUCUUAGUCAGAAGUCCACAUGCUCCAGGAAUCCCGAGAUGGGACUCGAACUCACAAACUUUCGCAAUCUGGGCGGCUACUCUAACCAUUGAGCUAUUACUCACCAGGACUGACGAAUAUCGGGAUUCUCGUGUUACUUGGGGCUGGAGACAGUUCAUCGCAUCAGCAGCUGCUAACACAAUCCGCACAGUGAAUUAUACGUGGCGUGGCGCCGCCGGUACUAGAAUUAGCAGCUGGAGUGUGAGCCGAGUGGGCGCCGCACAGGGGGCUUCUGUCACACGGACAGGGGGCGGGGCUGGCAAUAACUUCUUGUCGAUUAGAAUGCAGUCUGCGCGCGGCAGAGGAUUCAAUUACAUGCUCGAAAUCUGGGGCCGUUAA